AAAACAUUGACCAUUUUGCUGCAGGUUGAGUUCAUAAAUUUACUUACUAGAGACUGACAGUCCUGCAUAAGAUUUUACCAGGUUAUUAAUAAUGGGAGGAGCAGUGAGCACAGGUGAAGACAAUGAGGAAUUAGUGGAUAACUUGGUGGAUGCAGAGUAUAUCAAAUCUCCACAUGUGGAGAGGGCAUUCCGAGCAGUAGAUAGAGCUCACUACUACCUGCCAGAACACAGAGGCAAUGCCUACAAAGAUCUGGCUUGGAAACAUGGACACCUACAUCUAUCUGCUCCUUGUAUAUACUCUGAAGUGAUGGAAUGUUUGGAUAUUAAGUCAGGGUUGUCUUUCCUGAACCUUGGCAGUGGAACUGGAUACCUCAGUACCAUGGUGGGACUGAUAUUAGGUCCGUAUGGAGUAAAUCAUGGAAUUGAGCUUCACUCAGAUGUAGUGGAAUAUGCACAGGAGAGGUUGAGAGAAUUUACACACAAAUGUAACAACUAUGAUGGAUUUGACUUCUGUCCCCCAUCGUUUGUGGUUGGGAACUGCCUCCAACUUCCCUCCAGUUGUAAUAUGUACGACCGUGUCUAUUGUGGAGCAUCGUGUCCACCAGAGCACGAAAACUACAUGAAGAAUCUUAUCAAAGUUGGAGGAAUACUUGUGAUGCCUCUCAAUGAUCAGCUGGUGUGCAUUACUAGGACGUCGGAGACUGUGUGGAGCUCCAAAAGCGUGAUGUCUGUCUCAUUCGCUACUCUGGUUACUCCAACACAAGCUGAAAAUGUCAAUGUGGUGGAACUCCCUGAGGUUCAUAUUCCAGGACUGCAGGAUCUAUGUCGUGUAGACAUUAGGAGAAUAAUUCGAGAAAACAUAUAUAAUGAUCAUCCCGACUUAAAAACCAUCAAAAAAAGAAAACCAAAGAAACCCAAAAAGAGAUACUACAGACGUAGACCAAAGAAAAUGGAUGUGCUGCCCAUGAGUAUGGGAAUGAUGAUUUUGAAUGGUUUUGAUGAAAGUGAUGAAAGUGAAUUAGAGAAAGAUGACAAUGGAGAAGUGUCUGACAACAGUGAUGAAAUGGAGGAGGAUUCCGCUAUAGAUGGAGUAUCUGAUGAGGACUGUGGGUCAGUGGAUCAAGCCUCUGCAAAAGGAAAGUCUCUAAAGGUGAAGAAAAAUGGCAGACGUGCAAAAACUGACAGCGAAGAGGAACACACAGAGCCAAGAAGGAGGAGAAUGGAUACCAGACAUGACUUUUCUGAUCGAUCUCUGAUUCUUGCCAGCAGACUGCUGGAAGUGAUGAACCAGGCACAAGAAUUGGCAAGAUCGUCUUCAUCUAAUAAUCAGGGGUCAUCGUCUGCUUCUGCCCUAGAGGAAAUGAGAGAGGAAGAACCCUCCAAGUCUGAACAGAGAGACAGUGAUCUGUAUGAAGAUGAAGAUGAGAUCUUCAAUUCAGAACAAGAUAUGGAGAGUGAUAUGCAAGACAAAACUGGGUCACAAAUUCCACCAGAAAAUGAAAAUCAAAGAAAUGUUCAGGAAACAAAUGACACAAAGCAAAAUUUCCCUAUGCCAAAUGAAGAUGAUGAUAAUAGAAUUUCUGUGAUAUCCUCAGACUCUGAACUCGAAAAUGAUGAUGUGCUGGCAAGCAUAAAUUCCAAUCUUGCUGCAAGGGAGAGAAAACAGAGGUGUAUCUCAUUGACAAGUGUGGACACCACAGCCACCUCAGGGAUAGGUUCUCUGUCUGAAGCCUCAGCCCUGGAAGAGAAUAUGGAAUCGGAGAUGACAGAAAGUCUCAGUGAGAAGCUUUCUCCAAGUAGCAGUAGUCAGGAGAGUGGCAGAGUCGGCCCUGUGGUAGACAGUGAAUCCGAGCCCGAGUCCAGUGUUCUACCACAAUCUGAGGACCUUUUGAAGAAGUACAUGAUUGAGAAGAUUGACACCCUCCCCCUGCCUGAGGCAUUGAAGCUCUACCUUAUGUAUUAUAGAAAUUAAAGAAACCCAAAUAAAAGAACAUUGAUAAAUAUGUGCCACAGUAGCCACACUAAGGUUUAUGGACACAAUUCACCUGUUUAUGCACCACCUAAUUUGUAUAUUUUGGGACUUAUGAUAAUAUGUGCACAUAUAUAUUUCAGAGCCUUCCUUGAUUAAAUAUGAAUAAUCAUUGAUUCAGCUUGACAAAGCUAUUGGAGACAUUUAUUUAUUGUACAUUGAUAAUUGUUGAUAAACAUGUAGUUGUCCUGCUUUUGGAGGAAGAUUCUCAUGUUGCUAGAUAGACAAUGUUUGUGCAUUUGAUGCUACUCUCACAAUUCACUCAGGUUGUUUUUUGUUCAUUUACCAUUUCUUUUCAGUGCUAAAUAUUUACAAAAGCAUUUUUGUCAUAAUAAAAUUAAGACACAUAUUUUCAGAAGGAAUUUAUGUGUACAGUGUAUGUUUACAUGAGUAAACUGUGACUUACCAUCUAUACAGCUUAUAGAGGGAGGGAGAAGAAAGGGACCUUGAAAGAAUCCAUUUGUGUGUUUGAGCCCUAACUCAGUUUUGUAAAGGAUAGGUUUAUUGUAUCUUUGUCCACUGACCAUAUAUUUCUUCCACACAAUUUUAGUUAACCUGUAUAGAAAUAUAGAAACACAACACACACAGAAAACUGGAUGCCAGGCGAAUAUGUUGUAUAAGCAUUUAGCUUAGCACAAAGAUGGGUUUGAAGUGGUAUAUAGAAUGUUUCUUAAACACUUAUAAGAUUGGAAAUUUGGUGAAGAAAGUACUUAAUGUGUGUUGUACUGAGGAACUGAUUGCAUAAAAUCUAGUCAUCAUCUCUUGUUUGCAUGAAUAAAACCAUAUACCAGUCAAAAUGCUGUAAUGCUAUUUAUGUAUUAUCUAUUUUUCAUUUUCUGUCUCUGAUAUUUUUUUUUCUCUGCUUGCUCCACUUUGUUUUUCUGUUCUGUCUUGAUAAAGACUUAAAAGGUAAAUGCAAAGGAAAACUUUCAAACCUUUCUUUAUAUGAUUACUUGUAAAUAUCGAGUAGCAUGAACGGACUCUUUGCAUGCAUGAUUUUGUUUUUUUGUUUCUUUUUCAAAGUUUAAUAUCUAAACAGACCUUGUAUUAUUGUGCAUUUCGUUAAAGCAUGUUAUCUAACAAUAGUAUUUUCUUUGGUAAACUUGAUAAGUUAAUGUCAAUGGUAUCAGUGAACUGAAAUUUGCUUUAGUGCUACUUUUUUGUUUGUACAUUAACCUUAUGUAAAUGCUUUAACAUGAGUAAAAAAGUUCUUCAGAGCAUGUUUAUUGCUGUCAUCUGUAUGAAAAUUGUAAAUACAUUAGACUUCAUUCAGAGUUCUCAAAUUGAUAUUUAUGAUAAUUAAAGAAUAAAGGUUUAAAAAUCAAA